UACAAAUAAAAAGCACGCAUAUAUAACCUAAAUCUCUCUCUCACUCUUCCCUUCAACUCCACGGCGCAGAUCCGAGGAGUUUGGGAAACCCUAAUUUUCAAUCUUUCUUCGAUCUUCUUCUCGCUUCAAUUCUCUCUUCUUCACUCACUCCACAAGCAGUCAUGGCAGGUUUAGCUCCAGAAGGUUCGCAAUUUGAUACCAAGCAGUUUGACACUAAGAUGAAUGAAUUGCUUUCCACUGAAGGACAAGAAUUCUUCACCUCAUACGAUGAAGUUCAUGAAACUUUUGAUGCAAUGGGAUUGCUAGAAAAUCUUCUGAGAGGCAUAUAUGCUUAUGGUUUUGAGAAGCCAUCUGCAAUACAGCAAAGGGGAAUUGUUCCUUUCAUCAAGGGUCUCGAUGUGAUUCAGCAGGCUCAGUCAGGAACCGGAAAGACAGCGACGUUCUGUUCUGGAAUUUUGCAGCAGCUUGAUUAUGGUUUGGUUCAGUGCCAGGCUUUGGUUUUGGCCCCAACAAGGGAGCUGGCACAGCAGAUUGAGAAGGUUAUGAGAGCACUUGGUGACUACCUUGGUGUUAAGGUUCAUGCUUGUGUUGGUGGCACUAGUGUUCGUGAGGAUCAGCGUAUUCUCCAAACUGGUGUCCAUGUUGUUGUUGGUACUCCUGGACGUGUGUUUGACAUGCUGCGAAGACAGUCUCUUCGGUCAGAUUGCAUUAAAAUGUUUGUUUUGGAUGAAGCUGAUGAAAUGCUUUCACGUGGUUUCAAGGACCAGAUCUACGACAUCUUCCAGUUGCUGCCACCCAAAAUUCAGGUUGGAGUGUUCUCUGCUACAAUGCCUCCAGAGGCUCUGGAGAUCACAAGGAAGUUCAUGAAUAAGCCAGUGAGAAUUCUGGUAAAGCGUGAUGAAUUGACCCUUGAGGGUAUCAAGCAGUUCUACGUGAAUGUUGACAAGGAAGAGUGGAAACUAGAGACAUUGUGUGACCUUUACGAGACUCUGGCUAUCACUCAGAGUGUCAUUUUUGUGAACACAAGGCGCAAGGUGGACUGGCUCACUGACAAGAUGCGAGGCAGAGACCAUACUGUCUCAGCCACCCAUGGAGACAUGGACCAAAACACUCGUGAUAUCAUCAUGCGUGAAUUCCGCUCUGGCUCUUCUCGAGUUCUCAUUACCACUGACCUUUUGGCCCGUGGUAUUGAUGUUCAGCAAGUGUCUCUGGUCAUAAAUUAUGAUUUGCCUACCCAACCUGAAAACUAUCUCCAUCGUAUUGGGCGAAGUGGGCGUUUUGGAAGAAAAGGUGUUGCUAUCAACUUUGUCACAUUGGAAGAUGCAAGAAUGCUGGCUGAUAUUCAGAAGUUCUAUAAUGUGAUCGUAGAGGAAUUGCCUUCAAAUGUUGCCGAUCUACUCUGAUGAAUUAAUUUUUGUUCUUUGUUAAGUCAUCGGGGGGGCUUUUUAGUUUUUGACAAGUGCUAUUUUCCGCUUAUUUUCUUUUACAAUUUUUACCCAUUAGAGUUCAAAGACAUCUGACUCUAUUUAUAAUGGAUUCUAUGAAUUUUGUUUAAUUACUUAUUAUUAGGGUGCUCUAGACCUUUUUUAUUUCUAUCUUGUGUAUUUCUUUUCUUUAAAUUAAAUUUAAACCUUAUGCUAGCAA